UACAGAGCCCAAUUCCCUUCCUCCUUUUAUACAACACGCGACUAAAACUCUCUCUGAUCACAUCUCUCAAACUCAAGCACCCUCCCUCUGGAAACUGCCGCCGCCGCCUCCGCCUCCGCCUCCUCCGGCCAACGACGCCUCUCGCCCCCUCUUAAACUUUCUCCUUCCCUCUCUUACUCUCUUCUCACAGAACACGCGCACACACGAACAACCUACGCCGCCGCCCAGACUCCGGCGACUUCGCCGACCGCCACUGCCGCGGUCACCACCACCACCGCCCUCAUCUCCACCGCCUUCCACCUCUUCACCCAAAAGCCAUAUAUCUCCCCCCGGUACUCUCUCUCCUCGCCGCUGCACAGCCACAGCCGCCGCUGCACAUGCAGCGACGGUGGCCGUCGCCGCCCCCUCCUACACCAACGUGCUCCUGCUCGGCCUCAAUCCUAAAUCCGUUUUUAAAUGUGUUACCAAGAAAAGAACUGAGAAGAAACAAAAAAGAUUAGCGUGUGUGGAGUGGCGGGGUCAAAAGAAGCUAUAAAUAAACAGUGAGUACAAUUUUUUAGAUCCAUGGCCAUUUCAAGCAAAAGCAGCGCCACCGCUGCAUGGAGGGCGGAGGAGGCUAUCGCUGGAAAUUUUGAAGCUUUACAAGCGCUGAGGGAGCUCAUCUCAUACCCUAUACUCUACUCUCGCGAAUCCAAAUCACUCGGUUUAAAAUGGCCUCGUGGUUUGCUGCUUUAUGGACCGCCAGGCACGGGGAAGACAAGCUUGGUUCGAGCCGUCGUUCGCGAAUGUGAUGCGCAUUUGAGCAUCAUUAGCCCACAUUCUGUUCACAAAUCACAUGCUGGAGAAAGUGAGAAAAUUUUGCGUGAGGCUUUUGAUGAAGCAGCAUAUCAUGCAACAUCCGGAAAACCUUCAGUUAUCUUCAUUGAUGAAAUAGAUGCACUUUGCCCUCGUCGAGACUCGAGGAGGGAACAAGAUAUUCGCAUAGCUACUCAGCUCUCCUUGUUGAUGGACAAAAACAAAUCUUUCUUGACGUCUGGAUCACAUGUAUUGGUGGUUGCAUCAACUAAUAGAGUUGAUUCAAUUGAACCUGCUCUGAGACGUUCAGGACGUUUUGAUGCUGAGAUUGAAGUCUCCACUCCCAAUGAAAAUGAACGCAUUCAAAUAUUGAAGCUCUAUACAAAGAAGCUUCCUUUGGCUCCAACUGUGAACCUAGAAGGCAUAGCUGCAUCUUGUAAUGGUUAUGUUGGGGCAGAUUUAGAAGCUCUAUGUCGUGAGGCUGCCAUGUCCGCUCUGAAGAGAUCUUCCAAUGUAGAACAGGAUGCUAAUAAGUGUAGUAUAACUGUGGAUGAUUGGAAGCAAGCUAAGUCUGUAGUUGGCCCCAGCAUAACUAGAGGUGUUACUGUGGAAAUUCCAAAGGUCUUCUGGGAUGACAUUGGAGGGCUAAAUGAUGUGAAGAAAAAGCUUCGGCAAGCAGUUGAAUGGCCCUUGAAACAUUCUUCAACAUUUUCAAGGCUGGGGGUAUCACCUGUCCGUGGUAUACUUCUUCAUGGGCCUCCAGGGUGCUCAAAAACAACCCUUGCUAAGGCUGCUGCUUGUGCUGCACAAGCUUCCUUUUUCUCUUUGAGUGGUGCAGAGCUAUAUUCCAUGUAUGUUGGUGAGGGUGAAGCUUUAUUGCGCAAUACAUUUAGGAAGGCUCGUUUGGCUGCACCAAGCAUAAUAUUUUUUGAUGAGGCUGAUGUGGUUGCUGCGAAGAGAGGAGGAAGCUCAAAUGGGAGUUCAACUGUUGGGGAACGACUUCUCACUACUAUGUUGACAGAAAUGGAUGGCUUAGAGCAGGCUAAAGGGAUUCUUGUUCUGGCCGCUACAAAUCGUCCUCAUGCAAUUGACGCUGCGCUUAUGCGUCCCGGACGCUUUGAUAUAGUGCUUUACGUCCCACCACCAGAUCUAGAAGGUAGACACGAGAUCCUUGGUGUACAUACACGAAAAAUGAAGAUAGACAAGGACGUUAAUCUCAGAGAAAUAGCAGAAGAUACUGAGCUCUUCACCGGAGCUGAGCUAGAGGGUUUGUGCAAAGAGGCAGGAAUCGUUGCUUUAAGGGAAGACAUAUCCGCGACAGUCGUGUGCAGCAGACAUUUCGAGGCUGUGAUGAGAUCUGUGAAGCCAGCUCUUAGCCGAGAAGAUGUCGACUCUUACGCCUCAUUCGGAAAGAAUCCAUGUAAGAGACUUUGUGCUCCAUCGGAAGCUGAGUACAAGCAGCAAAGCAGAGGGAGCAAGAGUGUGCUGCUGGCUGCAGUAGGUGUAGUUGGUAUAGUUCUCUUUAGUGGUCUCAAGAGUAGUAUUAGUGUCUACAGUGAGAGCAUCUCCAGAGAGCUACCAGCGACUUAAACACAUUUUUGUUAAUAUAAAUAUUAUGCAAUAGAUAUUGAGCAAGGAUGAUUAGUAGAUGAAAUAUCCCCCCUCUUUUUUUUA